CGAUAAAUACAUGGGUCAAACUCUGUUUGGGGCUCUCAGCUCUGAAGGCUGUCAGCCCCCUGAUUUCCCACUUCUCACUCUAUAUUUAUGUGUGUGUGUCUUUAAUUCCUCUAGCGCUGCUGGGUUAGGGUCUCCACGACCGAGCUGGUCUUGGUAAGUGGUGCCCAUACAUGGGGCUCUAUCCCAGGUCAAAGGGUCGCCAGAGCGACGGUUGGAGAACGUGGAAUUAAGCUGGAGGACACCCGAGUACUCUUAAGCAAUGCCCAUGGGCCUCCUGUGAGCCCGAUUUAACGGAAACUGUGGGCGGUGAGAAGUUCCUUAUGACACACUAAUCCCAACCUGCUGACCGGACCACGCCUCCAGCGGAGGCAACCUCUAGAGCUCCAGGACAUUCAGGUACCAGGUAGCCCCAAGGAGGAGCUGCCGACCUGGCAGGGAACAACCAAGACUGGGGUUAAAUCACACAGCCUGCAAGUGGAAGAGAAGAACUCGAACCCAGGUCCAACUUUUGUGCCACAGCAGGCUGCCUCUCGGUCCUGACAGGAAGUCACAACUUGGCCCUGACUUCCUAUCCUAGGGAAGGGGCCGACUGGAGAGGCCAGGACAGAGAAAGCAGAUCCCUUCUUUUUCCAAGGACUCUGUGUCUUCCAUAGGCAAUAUGUCAGAAGGGGUGGGCACAUUCCGCAUGGUACCUGAAGAGGAACAGGAGCUCCGUGCCCAACUGGAGCAGCUCACAACCAAGGACCAUGGACCUGUCUUUGGCCCGUGCAGCCAGCUGCCCCGCCACACCUUGCAGAAGGCCAAGGAUGAGCUGAACGAGAGAGAGGAGACCCGGGAGGAGGCAGUGCGAGAGCUGCAGGAGAUGGUGCAGGCGCAGGCGGCCUCGGGGGAGGAGCUGGCCGUGGCCGUGGCGGAGAGGGUGCAAGAGAAGGACAGCGGCUUCUUCCUGCGCUUCAUCCGCGCACGGAAGUUCAACGUGGGCCGUGCCUAUGAGCUGCUCAGAGGCUAUGUGAAUUUCCGGCUGCAGUACCCUGAGCUCUUUGACAGCCUGUCCCCAGAGGCUGUCCGCUGCACCAUUGAAGCUGGCUACCCUGGUGUCCUCUCUAGUCGGGACAAGUAUGGCCGAGUGGUCAUGCUCUUCAACAUUGAGAACUGGCAAAGUCAAGAAAUCACCUUUGAUGAGAUCUUGCAGGCAUAUUGCUUCAUCCUGGAGAAGCUGCUGGAGAAUGAGGAAACUCAAAUCAAUGGCUUCUGCAUCAUUGAGAACUUCCAGGGCUUUACCAUGCAGCAGGCUGCUAGUCUCCGGGCUUCAGAUCUCAGGAAGAUGGUGGACAUGCUCCAGGAUUCCUUCCCAGCCCGGUUCAAAGCCAUCCACUUCAUCCACCAGCCAUGGUACUUCACCACGACCUACAAUGUGGUCAAGCCCUUCUUGAAGAGCAAGCUACUUGAGAGGGUCUUUGUCCAUGGGGAUGACCUUUCUGGUUUCUACCGGGAGAUCGAUGAGAACAUCCUGCCCUCUGACUUCGGGGGCACGCUGCCCAAGUAUGAUGGCAAGGCCGUUGCUGAGCAGCUCUUUGGCCCCCGGGCCCAAGCUGAGAACACAGCCUUCUGAAAACAUCUCCUGCCAGCUGAACUGUAGUUAGAAUCCCUGGGCCUCUCCUCAACUGUCCUGGACCCAAGGCUAGGAAAGGGCUGCUUGAGAUGACUGUGGUCCCCCCUUAGACUCCCUAAGCCCAAGUGAGCUCAGGUGUCACCCUGUUCUCAAGUUGGGGGAUGGGGAAUAAAGGAGGGGAAAUUCCCUUGAAGAAGAAGAACUGGGGAUAGUUAUAUUUCCACCUGCCCUUGAAACUUUAAGACAGUGAUUUUUGUGUAAGGUUGUAUUUCAAAGACUCGAAUUCAUUUUCUCAAUCAUUUCCUUUGUAACAGAGUUUUAUGACUUAGAGUCUGUGAAAACAGGUAAGGAGCCUGGGUUAAAAUAUCCCCCUAUUCACCCCAAAAUUGCAAUAAAAGAAGAUAAAAGAGAGAGGA